AUGGCUGCUACCGCUGCUCAGAAUGCUCCUAGCCCUGCGCCCACGCCCUUCGAGCACAAGCUCGUCAAGUUCGACCUCGAGGGACACUUCCACUACACCUUCACUCUCGACCUCGAGCUCGACUUGACGGAUACCGAGCUGGACAAGAAGUUCGAGUUGGAGGGAGUGCCUCUCGCUGGACACUGGACCUGCGCGUGCAGGGAGACGGAGAAGACGCUGCUCGAGGCUGCGUCUUGGUGGCAAGCACCGCGUCCCCAACCCGAAGCCAAUCCGGAUAACACGGGAAAAGCUUUCACGGGCUUCAAGAUGACUGUUUCGCGUUCUGAUUUGGAGGCUACGGCCAAGCGAUCCAACGGCGAGUACAACCUUGGACGCCACCGCUCAUAUCGCGUUGUAUUCGAGAUGGAAACGCUGGGCAGUCAACCUACUUCCGAGGCGGAAGUGCUGAUCAGGCGAAUGCCGGCGCUUGACCUCGCCGCCACGCCUCAAAACGUUCGCCUCUUUUUCCCUCAGCACGAAGCGGACUUGUGGGCCGACUCAAGUUUCUUGUCGCGCUCUUCUCCGUACUUCAAGACUCUUCUCUCGUCUGCCUUUGCCGAAGCCGUCUCUGUGCCUUCGAAGCGCCCCAAGACUCGUCUUGGUUCAGCGACAGCGGCCGCCGCCGAUGCCGGUGCGCAGGACUUUGACGACUCGGACGAGGAGACAGACCAGCCCUACUUUGAGGCGCAUCCGCCUUCGCAGCACGAGCGCGACGAGCUGCAGCUCCCGUACAAGGAGAUUCAGAUCACCAAGACCGCCUUCACGACCUAUCGCGCCGUCCUCGCCUACCUCCGAACUGGUUACAUCGCCUUUGCGCCGCUUUCCUCUACAUUCUUCGCAGAGGCAGACGCAGAGAAGCCUACCCGCGCCUCUCGCAUCGAAGCCGCCGUCUCUUCCGACCCUUCGCUCCCCUACCCUGUCUCGCCCAAGUCGACUUUCCGACUCGCUCACCUCCUCGAGCUCGACGAGCUUCAGCACCUCUGCCUCGCGAACUUCUCAAAGCAGCUUACCAUCGACUGCGCGCCCUUCGAGCUCUUCAGCGAUACUUCGGUCUGCUACGACGCCUGGCGCCAAGUCGUGCUCGACUUUGUGGUCGACAACUGCGAUGCGGUGACUGCUUCGAGCGCGUGGGUGGAGAUGGAGGGAAAAGUCGAGAGGGACGAGGUAGCUGGUGCGGCGCCGAUCAUGCUGGAGUCGUUCAAGCGCAAGCCGGUCAAGGCUUGUGCGUCCCGCUUCUCUCUCGCCCUGGCCCUCGUCACGCCAUUCGCUGACGACUUCCCCGACGACACAGCCUAG